AUGCUUAUCCAGGAAGUCCUAGAUGACAUCCAAAGACACAAUCUCGUCCCCGACAUGAUCACCUGGGGAGUCCUAGCCCUGGGCUGUCAAACUCUGGACGACGCUAAAGUCCUCCUCGAUGGUCUCGAUGCCACAGGUCACACCUUAAAUCCCGUGAUCGCUGGAUCCCUCCUAGGAAAUGCCUGUUGUACGAAUAAAAUUGCCUACAUCCUUGAAAUCCUCAGAAUUAUGAGCAUACAUCGCAUCCGUCCCAGCAAACACAUCUACACUCUUCUCGACAAAUACAAACUUAAAGUAGAAGACACCUUGAAAUACGAGCAAUCUGCAAAACUUUACGGAAACGAGCAGUUUCAACAAAAGUUUGAGGUCUUCAAAAAUCGUUACGAAAAAUUUCAACAGAAAUUCGAUCGAGAAGAAAAGCAUGAGCAGAUCAGAAAACGAAAAAGCCUACCAUUAAUAACUGUAUCAUCUGUAAAUCUGUAA